AUGUUACGGAUUGAGGCGCGACGGACAGCGCGAGAAGGGACACCGCCUGAUAAGUAUCGAACCUGUUGCAAUUGUUGCAAUGUAAAGCUUGGAACGGUGACAUUGGGAAUUAUUGAGACAUGUCUAGCAAGUCUAAUUCUCGUCAGCAUUGUUCAACAAGUCAUCUGGAAAAGUCGAACAUUGGAUCAAUGCUAUAAAAACUUUCUUCGCGAUUGUCUCAUCUUUAAAUUUCGACAUUUUAACAUCACUUUGGUUUUCGAUUACAUCAUUGCCUUAAUGAUGAUCUUCAUCAUUUUAUCCGUAUUGUUGAUGUUCUGUGGGAUUCUCUCGGAUACAUCAACUCUUCUCUUUCCACAUCUCUUCGUGCAAGCGUUCUUCCUAUUAUUCUCUGUUGGUUAUUUCUUUCUCUAUGCAUGGUCAUACUUCUAUGGAGAUAUUUACACGAAUAAUGAUUCGUUUCAGAUCCAAGCCCUCCUUGAACGAAUGUGGCUAGCAUCAUUGCUUCUAUUAUUAGCCGCUUUUCAAACGUAUCUCUUCACCUCAGUUGUCAGAUGUUCGCUAUAUUUGAGCAAAAUCGAAGCUCAACGCCGGCGUCGCGAGAGUGCUUUCGAGCGUUGCAGUGAGCGUGUUCGUUUAGCGAAAGAAAAUGGAUUAUGGAGGACGGCGAGUUGGGGUGGAGGAUUUGUACAGUACAAGGGUCAAUACGACGAAAACAAACCGAUCAAAGAGAAAAAGGCGAAAUCGAACGCUCAUGUGCAAUGGGGAGCGAAUAUUGUCGUCGGAGAGCUGAAAUCGGCAAAAUUCCUUCGACAAAUCGAGGAACGCUACGAGUUACCAGUCGCCAAACCAGAAUAUUCCCCAGAGAAAUCACCGGAGAAACUUUCUCGAUCAUCGUCACAAGCCAGCUCAUCAUCGAUCACAAAACAGGGACAAAGCAUCUCACCGCCGAGAGUUUCACUUUCACAUAGAAUCUCGGACUCGAGCCACAACAGUGACACUCCGAGUCACCACGGUUCAGCAAGAGCUCACAAAGCUCCCGUAACCGCUCAAAUACGACAAAUCGAUGGGAUAAAAGGAACGGAUCGACGAGCAAGCAUCGAAAUGAAGACAUCAACUUCAUCAGCUAGACAAUAUGGUCAUAGAAACAUUGGCCCGAAAAGAGAUGAACGCUUCGUCCGGACUGAAUCGAGGACGUCAUCAAGUUCCGGAUCUCCCCCGAAACGGGAAUGGUCGAGAACGAGCGGGGAAAAUGAAGCAGCUCCUCUAUUGGCUCAUCAUCAUCAACGAUCGAAAAGACCACCAUUAAGAACUCACAAAAGUGUUGACUCAACGACAAUGAUGGAGCCUCCAAUUCUCUCAAUUCCACCGGGUCGUCGUCGGUCAAGUCUCGGAGCUGAAGAACACUCAUUCAUCACCACACACCAAAAAAUGGGAUUAGCGCCAGAAAAAUCAACUUUCCGUGUCGAAUCUCCGCAUCAUUUCGUCAAAAAAGUCUCGAUUACCUCAACAGGUGCUCCAUUUAUCGUG